UUAACUUCAUUUGCCAUUGAUUUUUGUGUUGGCCCAAAUGGUUCCGUCUUUACUGCGUGUUUCCGGACAAAUUAGAGUGUAACACAGUCUGUCUCUCAAACAUCCGCUACAGUUAGCAGGAUUAUGAAAGCAUGACUUGUGUCACAUUGUAACUGCGCCAGUGAAUGUAAACAGACAAAUAAGCAGAUGGCGUCGUUCGGAUGGCUUAUUUAGGACCUCGGCUGAGACCGUCGCGCUUCUUCGUCCCCGGCGUGUCCGCCCUCAGACUCCUCGGUACGGUCGGGAUGGCCGACAUGGGUCUGGCGCUGAGUCGUUCCCCGCUGGAGCGGCUCGACUUCGACAACGUCGCCCUCAAGAGACUUCCCCUGGACUCGUCGGAGGAGCCGGGUGCACGGCAGGUGAAAGGAGCGUGUUUCUCCCGGGUGAAGCCGCAGCCGGUGACCAAGCCCCGGUUCGUGGCUGUGUCCCACGACGCCCUGGCGCUGCUGGGGCUCAACGGGGAGGAGGUCGUGAACGACCCGCUCGGGCCGGAGUAUCUCAGCGGGUCCAAAGUCAUGCCGGGAUCCGAGCCCGCCGCUCACUGCUACUGCGGCCACCAGUUCGGACAGUUCGCCGGGCAGCUCGGCGACGGGGCGGCCUGCUACUUGGGGGAGGUGAAGGUGCCCCCCGGCCAAGAUCCCGAACUGCUGCGAGAAAACCCGAAUGGUCGGUGGGAGAUUCAGGUGAAAGGGGCUGGAUUGACUCCUUAUUCCAGACAAGCUGAUGGCCGUAAGGUCCUGCGCUCCAGCAUAAGAGAGUUCCUGUGCAGCGAGGUGAUGUUCUUCCUGGGUGUUCCCACCACCAGAGCCGGCUCCGUGGUGACAUCCGACAGCAGGGUCGUACGAGAUAUCCACUACAGUGGGAAUCCUCUCCAUGAGCGAUGCUCUGUGGUUCUCCGUAUUGCUCCCACCUUCCUCAGGUUUGGAUCCUUUGAGAUCUUCAAGCAGGCCGACGAGCACACAGGCCGUCAGGGUCCUAGCUACGGACGGGAUGAUAUCCGAGGGCAGAUGAUGGAUUAUGUCAUUGAGAUGUUUUACCCUGACAUCCAGCAGAAUCACCCAGAUAGGGUGGAGAGGAACGUGGCUUUCUUCAGAGAGGUGAUGCUCCGCACAGCUAAACUCGUGGCUCAGUGGCAGUGUGUGGGUUUCUGCCACGGAGUCCUGAACACAGACAACAUGAGCAUCCUGGGACUCACGCUGGACUACGGUCCAUAUGGCUUUAUGGACAGGUUUGAUCCCGAUUUCAUUUGCAACGCCUCCGACAACUCCGGCCGAUACUCCUACCAGGCCCAGCCAGCCAUCUGCAGGUGGAACUUGGUGAAGCUAGCGGAGGCUCUUGCUCCGGAGCUGCCACCAGACCGAGCUGAGUCCGUUAUGGACGAGUACCUGGAUCUGUAUAAUGGCUUCUACCUGGAGAACAUGAGGAAGAAGCUGGGCUUGUUGAAGAAGGACGAGCCAGAAGAUGAGAUCCUGAUCACAGAGCUGCUGCAGACCAUGCACAACACAGGUGCUGACUUCACCAACACCUUCCGGAGCUUGAGUCAGAUUUCCUGUCCCGCUGAUGGAGAAAGUGAAGGAGAAGAGGAGCUUGUAAAGAAAGCCACAGAGCUCCUGCUGGAGCAGUGCGCCUCCUUAGAGGAGCUCAAGGCUGCAAACAAACCCACCAUGGAUCCACGCGAGCUGGCGAUGCUGCUCUCUAUGGCCCAGAGCAACCCGGCACUGUUCCAAAUGAUCUCAGACAGGACUUCAUUAACGAAGCAGUUAGACCGACUCAGCAAACUGAAAGAUCUGAUGGAGACCAGCCGGGAGGAGCUGAAAACCAAACAGGCAGAAGAGUGGAGCCGCUGGAUCACACGCUAUAGGAAGCGUCUGGCUCGGGAGCUGGAAGGCCAGAGUGAUGUGCAGGCCGCGCAGGAGGAGAGGGUGAGGGUGAUGGACGGCACCAACCCUCGCGUGGUGCUCAGGAACUACAUCGCCCAGAAUGCAAUUGAGGCUGCUGAGAGUGGAGACUUCUCUGAGGUCCAGCGAGUCCUCAAGGUUCUGGAGAAGCCUUUCGCUCCGCAGCCGGGUCUGGAGCUUCCUGCAUGGGUGGGAGGAAGCUCGGCCACCAAACAGGCAGAGAGGGAUGAGGGAGAGGACCAACAGCAAGAGGCGGCCUCUACAUCUACAUCUAGAGAUCCUGUUCCCUAUGACAGCAGGCCCCCAGCUUGGGCCAAUGAACUCUGUGUCACUUGAUCUUCGUAAUAACUUCCUUGAUUGCUCGCUUUCCUGCCUAAAACGAUGAGAGAGUUUAUCGGUCUUUUAGUUCAUAUUUGUUUGUGUAUUUUUAUGUCCGGUCCACUUUAUGUACAACUCUCCAUUACUUCGGCAGGCAGCUUCAGGGAAGUUAACAUGAGGCACGACACCCCAUAGGCUAACAGGCUAAACCAAAGCAGACAGGCGGUGGGUUGAAUGUAGGGGUACAAAUGCAUAUAUUUACAAAUAUGAUGUUGCCAUGUCAGGUGGAAAGAUUUUCAGCAUAUCUGAAAUUUGCCAUGAAAUGGCUUUGAAGUGAUUCAUUUCCUCCUUUGCAUGACAUUCCUGCCUGAAACAACAUCAGAGGUGACUUGAUAAGGAAAUUAGUUUUUUAAGGUGGAUUUCUUAUGGAUUCCCUUGAAUGCAAAAUGCGGUAGGAUAACUGGCAAACAACAAAAAAAUUGGCAGAAAAACCCAUCCAAAGACAUUUUGAAAAAUACAUUAUUCUUUUGACUUCACAAAGAAGCCCUUCAGCUCAUUCCCUGUCUGCUUGGUGUCUGACUAGCUAUUAAUGACGACUCAGACAACAAGUCCUACAGUGACCUGUCUGACUCUGACAAACUUAAGGUGCCACCUCAAUAUAAACCAAAUAAUGUGUGUGUGUGUGUGUGUGUGUGAGAGAGAGAGAGAGAGAGAAAGGUAUAAGAUGAUUAUGAAGAUGUUUUUUGGCAUGUAUUUGGGGGAAGGAGAGUGAUUGCACAUGAUCCAAUAAGCCGCAGUAGAUAAACGCACAAUACUGUAUAUUCACCUGUGAUUGAAAACUUUGCCUUCUUCCUCCGUCAUAGCACCACUUUAUAGGCAUAGAGCCGCAGCCAUAACUUACCACUUUUGUUUUGUUUUGUUACCUAACAUGUAAAGUAAGCAGCGAUACUAUACUACAGUGGAUCUAGCGUAGAGCAAAGCAAAGGAAACAUUUAGAACUGUGUGUUUAUAUUUUGCAAUUUAAAUCAGGUUGUGAUCGUGCAAACUUCUUAGUGAAAUAUUUAUUUUAUCUGUGAUACCUCAGCACUAAUCAUAACUUGUUAUAUUUGAGCCAUAAUCAAUCUGUUGGUUUGGCCAAUACAUUUAGAUUAGUUGUCAAAAUCAGGCUUUUAAAAAAAAACUGGACACAUUUGCACAAAAAAAAAAAUGGUAGAAUUGACAUGAAAUGAUAUUGUUUCAAAUUUUUAUUUUUCCUUAAUAAAUAUGGACUAUAUGGUUGAUCUCUUCCUUAUAAACUGAGCAAUCCAUAGACAUCUUUGUGUCAA